UUAUAUUAAUUAAAUAUCAUUUUUUGUAAUCACUGUGUUCUUUCCUUUUGUUCUUCUCACAUAGAGAGGCCAGUGCAUGUGUUCCGGGACAUGAUGGAUGUCAAAGCUGCCCCGGGUGAGGAUGCUGAGCUGAACUGUGAGAUCACCAAGCCUGAGGCCUUCAUCCGCUGGCUGAAGAACGGCCAUCAGAUCAGGCACGGCCCCCCGAAGUACCAAAUCAGUGUGGAGGAGCACCUUGUACGGCUGGUGGUCAAGAACGUCUGCAGCAGGGACUCUGGAGAGUACUGUUGUGAGGCGGACGGCAUCGCCACCCGGGCCAAGCUGGAGGUCAGAGAGCUGCAGCACGCAUUUGCGCGCGAGCUAAGAGACACCCGGGCCAACGAGAAGGGCCAGGUGGUGCUGGAGUGCGAGACGAGGCUGCCCGCUAAGCGGGUGACCUGGCUGAAGGGCAUGGCAGAGCUCCAGCCGGGAAGGAAAGAGGAGCGACUCGGAUGUGUACACCUGUGA